AAAUUUUUUAACUACCUCGAAUUUUGAAAAUUUGGAAAUCGAAUUUUUCCAGGAAUCGAAUCGUCACACCUUGUAUCAAGUUCCCCCUCUCCCUGUUACAAAUAUCAUUCCUCUUUAACAUAGCUUUUACAAAUUGGUUCCUCAGAACUCAGAACUCUGAGUUCCCCAAAUCCUUCAUCUCAUUGUGUGUGUGUCUCUUUUCCCAGUUGUUUUCCCUCUCUUUUCUUUUAUUUUUCCCAAUCCAUACACGCCCUCAUUGUUAUUCAAUUAAGCCUGGGUUCUCAUUCUUAAUUCUGCCAUAUUAGACCUACAUUUUUUUUAAAAAAAAUUUCGUACGAUUUUGCUAGCUUUUCUCCUCUCUUUACUAGAUAAUUUCUAUCUGGGUUCUUAGUUGUCUCCAUAUUUCUGAUCUUUUUCUUGAUCCAAACAAAAAGCAUAAAAACUCAAAUUCUCAUGCUUUAAUUCUGAUAGAGCAUACAAGUUUCUUUUUUUUUUUUUUUACAUGGGUGUUUCGUUUAAGGUUUCAAAAACCGGUACUAGGUUCAAGCCGAAGCCUUGUCUUCAAUUGGAGGCUUCGGUUGAUGUUGUCCCUGAUAAUUCUGAAGAGAGCUCAUGGCCAAGAAAGCUCCAGGGUAAUGUCAUUGAAGGCGUUGAGCAUGUUCCUGAGGUGUCUCGACCAUUUGUUUCUGAUGAAGUGCUUUGUGUUCCUAAAGAUCAUGAGAUUUCCUUCACCUUGAAUCUUUAUCCAGAUGGAUAUUGUAUUGGAAAACCACCGGAGGAUGCUUUGAAUCUGGCUACUCUUCAGGGUGCUCCAAAGUUGCAACCAUAUGAUAGGUCAUCUGAAACUCUCUUCUUAGCAAUUGAAGUUGGCCGAUUGCCAGGAGAUAUUUUAGAUGAUAUACCAUGCAAAUAUGUUGAUGGGACACUCAUAUGUGAGGUACAAGAUUAUCGAAAUGUUGCAUCUCAACAGGGAUCUAUCACCCCCUCUUUGGAUGGAUCCCCUAUCAUCAAUAAAGUGCGUCUUAAGAUGUCUUUGGAGAAUGUUGUAAAAGAUAUUCCCAUGAGCUCAGAUAAUUCAUGGACAUAUGGUGAUUUAAUGGAAGCAGAGUCUAGAAUAUUAAAAGCCUUGCAACCACAACUUUGUUUAGAUCCUACUCCCAAACUGGACAGGCUCUAUACAAAUCCUGUUUCAACUAAGCUUGACCUUCCUUCUUCUAGCUUGCGGAAAAAGAGGUUGAGGCAGGCUCCAGAAGUUACAGUAACCUUUACUGGUAAGAUCCAUGGUAAGAAGGUUUGCAUAGAUGGAGUGCCUGAAAGCUCUAGUGGUAGGUUGGGAGAGGCAGGAAUUAUGUCAGGAAGUUCGAUUUUUCAACAAGUUCAGGAAAAUCUGACAACUCAAAAUAUUGGUCCAAGCAAUGUAUUAACACUAAAACCUAAAACUUUUGUGCAAGAUUCCUCUGUUUCAGCACUACCGAUGACAUACCAGUCACCGAAGUAUCAAAUUGGGGCUGUGAAUGCAAGAAGCAUGCAGGACCAGGGGUCUAGCUCUAUUGUCAAUGCAUCAGUUGCAUCCCCUGCUGGCCAGGACAUGACAUUUACAUAUGCAGACAACAUAAACUCCAGUGCUUCUCUUCUUGUGAAGAGGGAGAAUCCUGGCGGUCCAGUGUCACCCUUAACUGGCCUUAAUAAAAGAACUAGGCUCAAUGCUGCUGGACCUGACAGUAUUCUUCAGCAACAAAUCAGUUCACAUAUGGAUGGCCUCCAUGGAUCAGAUAUGAGCUGGAAGAAUAUGUUACUACCCCAGCAAGCAAUGGCGAGAGGAAUUCAAUAUGCAAAUGCCAGCAUGCAGAAGUAUCCUCUGCAGGCUUUUGAAGGGGUUCUGAAUCAGGAGGUUGGUACAAUGCCAUUUGCUGCUGGACAGUCAGCAGUGAGAUAUGGUGCCAAAGAAGAGCCAUUUGAUCCAGACAAGUUGGAUGGUGCUGAACUCAAUAGGGAAACUGAUACAAACCAUUUAGAUCCACAGCAGAGACGGCUUCAACCAAGAUUACCCCAUGGAUUUGUGAGGCCUGGUUUCCUUCAAACACCUUGGAACAGUAUUAACCAGCUUGUUGAGAAAGAUGUGAGAAAUGAGGAACAAUUCCUAAAAAAGAAACUAGUGCAAAGCCCACGUGUAUCAGUUGGGGCUUUGCCUCAAUCUCCAUUAUCAUCCAAAUCUGGGGAAUUUUCAAGUGGUUCCAUAGGACAGCACUUUGGGGCCGUUGCAACAAGCACUGCACUUGGAGCAUCUCUAAAGGAGAAGGCGGCCGUUAACUCAAUUCCUGCUGUUGGUGGUACCCCAUCUUUGGCUUCAAGUGCAAAUGACUCCAUGCAGAGACAACACCAGACUCAAGUUUCUGGCAAGCGAAAAUCAAAUUCCCUCCCCAAGACCCCAGCAACAAAUGUUGUUGGAUCUCCUGCAAGUGUUAGCAAUAUUAGUGCUCCACUAAAUGCAAGCAGUCCUUCUGUUGGAACCCCACCUGUGGGUGAUCAAACAAUGCUCGAAAGGUUCUCAAAGAUUGAAAUUGUGACUAUGAGGCAUAAACUCAACAUCAAAAACAAGGUUGAUGAGUAUCAUGCCCGAAAACCCCGCACACAUUCUCCUCGACUAGUAUCAAGCUGUCUAGUCAGUCUUUCCAGUAAUGAGGAUUUUAAAGAUGACUUGAAUUCACUAUCAAAGUCACUUGUUGGUGGAAGCAUGAAUACUUGCAAGACAAGAAUCUUAAAUUUUGUGCAGGGUGAACGUGUUGUUCACGGGAAUGUUGUUUCUUUAGUUCCUAGGGUACGAACUAGAAUGGUAAUGUCUGAGAAACAAACUGAUGGGACUGUAGCAAUGUUUUGUGGUGACAUUGAUGAUGGUGACAUUCUUGCUGCAGAGGAUCGCAUUCAUUAUCUUCCUACUCUUCCAAAUACUCACUUGGCGGAUUUGCUUGCUGCACAGUUCUGUUCACUGAUGCUGCAUGAAGGGCAUCAUCUUGUUGAAGAUAAUGUCCAGCCAAAACCUAUUCGAAUGCUUGUGGCCUCAAGCAGUCAACCAAGUUCUUCUGGAAUCUUUCACAAUAAUCCUGCAGUCGAGAUGCAGCAAUGUGCUGAAGCUGUACCUAUUCAGGCGACCAAUGAAGUGGCGAAGCCGAAUUGCAGUAAUAGUAUUUCUGUAAAUCCAUCCCAGAGUAUGCUAGGGAACACUAGGAUGCUGCCUCCAGGAAACCCUCAGGCCUUACAGAUGUCUCAAGGACUCAUAUCUGGGAUAUCAAUGCCUGCAAGGCCACCGCAGCUAGAUCCACAACAAGCUCAGCAGCAGCAAAGUCAGCAACAUGUCUUGCUUCAACAACAGCAUCAGCAGUUCCAGAGAUCAACGAUGAUGCUUGCAUCAAAUCCUCUCUCACACUUGAAUGCAACGGGGCAGAAUUCGAACAUGCAGUUGGGUAAUCAAAUGGUCAAUAAACCUUCCCCUCUCCAACUUCAGAUGAUACAGCAGCAGCAGCAGCAGCAGCAACAACAACAACAGCAUCCACAGCAGCAGCAACGGCAACAACAACAGCAGCAGGUACAAAUGCAGAGGAAAAUUAUGAUGGGACUAGGAACAGCUGUAGGUGUGGGAAACAUGGGCAAUAACAUGGCCAGGCUUGGGGCUCUUGGCAAUGCCUUGGGAAUUGGAGGUGCAAGGAGAAUUGCUGGAACAGGAAUCUCAGCUCCAAUGGCCCCUAUUUCAGGCACGGGUAAUAUGAGCCAGAACCCAAUUAAUAUUAACCCAGCUUCAAAUAUUACCAAUGCAAUAAGCCAGCAGCUUCAAUCUGGACCACUAACAUCCGCUCAGCAGGCUGCUUUCAUUUCAAAAUUAAGGCUGGGCCGAGCUAGCAUGUUAGGUGGUCCUCAAUCAAGCAUAGCUGGGAUAUCUGGAGCCAGGCAGAUGCAUCCAGGUUCUGCUAAUCUUUCUAUGCUAGGCCAAAGUAUGAACCAGGCUAACAUGAACCUGAAGCAGCCCGGUGCUGUGGGGCCAAUGGGUCCUCCAAAGAUGAUGUCUGGAAUGACCCAGCAACAGCAACAUUUGCAACUGCAGCAGCAAUUGCAAUUGCAGCCGCAGCAGUUGCAGAAUCAGCAACAGUUACAGCAGCUGCAGCUGCAGCAAUUACAGGAACAGCAAGAAACUACCUUGCCACUACAGGCUGUUGUUUCACCCUCACAAGCAGUCUCUCCAUCAACAGUCGGAAUUUCACAAUUGAACCAGCAACAGCAGCUGGUCCAGCAGCAGACUGCCAUGACUCCUCAACAAAUGAAUCAAAGGACUCCUAUGAGUCCACAACUGAGCUCAGGUGCUAUCCAUGCUCUGAGUGCUGCUAUUCCGGAUGCUUGUCCAACUAGCCCUCAGUUGAGCUCCCAGACCCUUGGCUCAGUUAACAGCAUCACAAAUUCUCCUACGGAGCUAGGCGUGAACAAAAGCAACUCUGUUGGCAAUACGUAGCAUGUUUGGACCACUCUUUUCUUAAACUAUAGUCGCGCAAUAUGUAUAUGGUGUAGAGUGUCUUUGAAGAAUUAACUGUUCAAUAAAAAAUAUAGUAUCUAGUAACAGUUCAGUCAUGUAAAUGAUUGCCCGUUAUGUAACAAUUUGUUUAAUAUCACUGUAAGCAAUGGAAAUGGUAUUCAUAGAUGAAACAUUAAA